AUGCUGGCUGAUGGGCGGGAUGUGGAUUUGUAUAGGUUGUUUUUGGUGGUGAGAGGGAAGGGUGGAUACGAUGCCGUUUGCAAUGGGAAGUUGUGGGAUUCGGUUGGGGAGGAGUCUGGGAUGGGUGUGAGUGUUGGGUCCUCUGUUGAGUUGGUUUACAGUAGGUACUUGAGUGCUUUAGAUUCAUGGAUGAAGAAAGUUGCUGAGAGUAAAGUGUCUCCUGAGUGUGGUGUGGUGGAUAAUCGGGAUAAGUUUGGGAGGCGGUUGAUGGAGUUGCAGGCUGAGGUGAAAGGGUUGUUGUCAGGUUGUGCGGAUGGCAGGGUUGUGGUUGGAGGGGAUGUCGAGGGUGGACUUGAUGAAGAUGAUGACAACCUGGAUGGGAGGGAGUUGUGUGGUGCUAAUGGGGUGAAAGGUAAUGGUGAUGAAGGAGGUGAACAUAGAGAAUCUUCUGAUUCCGAGACGCCGGUCCAUGACAUGAAUGGGGCGGUUCUUGGAAUGUUGGGUGAGGGAAAUGAUGCAAUGGAAGGGGUGAAAGGGUUUGAUGGAGGGAAAGUGUCUCAAGAGCAGGCGGUGGAUGGAUCCGAUGGGGCUAACAACAGUGGGGCUGGAUUGGUAAGCGGAGGGAAGAAGUGUGACGGCAAUGAUAAUAAGGACUUGGUGUUGGAUCCAUCUGGUGGUAAUAGUGAUGGUGAUAGUUCUGGCCGCAAGAGGAAGAGGGAGGGGUCUGUGUUGGAUUCAUCUAGUGGUGAUAGUGAUAGUCCUAGUCGUAAGAGGACGCGAGAGUCUUCAAUGAAUAUGCUGAACUGGGUUAUAGGUGUUGCAAAGAAUCCUAGUGAUCCGGAAAUAGGUUCAAUGCCUGAAAAGUCAAAGUGGAAGUCUUAUAGUAAUCAGGUGGUGUGGAAGCAGAUGCUGUUGUUUCGGGAGGCUGCGUUUUACAGAAGAGGUUCUGAGCCAAACAAUGAACAACGCAAUUGGCAGAAUCAGAAGAUGCACCCUUGCUUGUAUGAAGAUCAAGUUGGGACAAACUACAAUCUCAGAGAUAGGUUGAAAUGUGACAAGAAGCUUUUGUUCGGCAAAUCUACUGUGCGAAGCUCUUCUGAUUCAUCUGUAGGAACUGAGAACAGGGCAUCAAGUCCUCAUACUGAAGAUCAAUCUGAGAAACGGUCGCAAGAUUCCCCAGAUGCAAAUUCAGGUCUUGACAGAUGUGGCACAGUACGCAUCCCUUUAGGGCCAAAUCAUCAAGCUGAAAUACGAGAAUGGACUGGCAUGACUUCUGAAAGUGAUUCUAAGUGGUUAGGGACUCGAAUAUGGCCACGGGCCACAGUAAAUACCAGACUUAUUGAAAGGGACCCCAUAGGAAAGGGGAGACAAGAUUCAUGCGGCUGCUCAGAACAAGGUUCUGUUGAGUGUGUAAGAUUUCACAUUUCUGAGAAAAGGGCUAAAGUUCAGCUGGAAUUGGGUACAGCAUUUUAUGACUGGAAUUUUGAUAAGGUAGGUGAAGAUGUUAGGCUAAUGUGGACGAAAGAAGACGAGAAAAAAUUUGAGGAUGUGGUACGAUCAAACCCUCCAUCACCUGAGACGUAUGUCUGGGACUAUAUCUUUAGGGCUUUUCCUGAUAAAAGCAGAGCAGAUUUAGUUAGCUACUACUUCAAUGUCUUUAUUUUGCGGCGCAGAGGAUACCAAAACAGGCAUACUCCCGAUAACAUUGACAGUGAUGACAACGACGAUGAAGCUGGUCCACUGAGGAAUGUUUUUGGACAUCAGAUACAGAAUUCUGGACAUCAGAUGCAGAGUUCGCGCGGCUCCAUCUUAUUAACCCCCAAAAAGCCACAUAAAAAGGGAAAAUAG